AUGUCACCUAAGCUGAAAGACCCAGGAAGUUUCUCCAUACCCUGCAAUAUAGGAAAAUUUGUCAUAGACAAAGCUUUGUGUGACUUAGGAGCUAGUAUUAGCCUAAUGCCUUUGUCCAUUUGCGAGAAACUUUACAUGGGAGACCUAAGACCAACCAAGAUGUCAGUACAACUUACAGACCGUAUCGGACAAUUCUACAUUCCUACGGAUUUCAUAAUUAUGGACAUAAAGGAAGACGUCAAUACCCCUAUAAUCUUAGGAAGACCCUUUCUAGCUACCGCUGGAGCUAUUAUAGACGUGAAGAAAGGCAAGUUGACAUUCGAAGUAGGUGAGGAGAAGGUCGAGUUUAUUUUAACACAAUUCCUUCAAGCCCCAGCUAUAGAAGACACAUGUUACUUGGUGGAUGUUAUUGAUAGAUGUGUAAGAGAGAUAGGAUUAUCGAAAGAAUCUUACUCUGAAGUUAUAAAGAUUCUGAUGCCCCUGAUUUUCGAAGAUGACAAUUGGCGUCCGGAAUAUCGAGACGAUAGUUUAAGCGAAUGCUUAGCUUUAACACCCAACCCUAUGCCUUGCCCUAAGAAACCAAACUUGGACCUUAAACCAUUACCCAAGACUCUUAGGUAUGAAUACCUAGACGAUAAGCUCAAAAGACCAGUAAUAGUUAUCGCAGAACUAGGAGCCACAGAGACCAAGAAGCUAUUACAAGUGUUAAGGAAGUAUCCAUCUGCAUUAGGAUAUAACAUUGCUGAUCUGAAAGGAAUAAGUCCUUCCAUAUGUAUGCAUAACAUCAUGUUGGAAGAAGAUUGCAAAACCUCUAGGAACAUCAAAGAAGGAUUAACCCUAUCUUGA